CCCGUUUCUAGCCCUGCCAGUAGCGAGUACGCCCACAGUACACAACAGCGCGACACCUGUCCCACGCUGCUCAGAGCCUCGAGAUUUCUGCUUAAAUACUCGACUCCUUGCGUUACCUCCCCGCUGCCCGAGAUCCGAGGCAGCGAUUGCCCUGGCAACAUGUCUCUGCUCUCCUCGUUCCUGCGGCUAAGAAGCUCUACCAACAAGAUGGAGCCUUGUCCCUGCGCUUCGCACGAUUCCCUCACAAUUGUCGAGAAGGCCGAGGUUCUCCAGAGCCAGCUUGCCGAUGCCCGCUCAGAAAAGGUCCAAUGGCUUGUCAAAAGCAUCACCGAGACCCACACAGAGCUGCUCAAGCUCCCGCAUUUCAAGCCGGGGAAAGCCAUCAAUCAGUUGCUAGGGAACCUUGUCUCCAUUUGCUCCGAGAUUUAUGAUCGGGAGAUUGUUGAGAAGGUUCUGAGGCACCGCGAAAUUCAAGCCGUGCUGCCCUCACUGAGGCAGAUCUGCGCCAAGGCCGAGUCAUGCCUCGAAUUACACUGGGCCGAGCACAUCGUAGCCGGCCAGGGAGCUGACCAAGUGCGCGAGCGCCUCAAGACCUUUCCCUACUACGACAACUACGAGGAGCUGACUCGGUUAGAGCUCUGCGCCAUUCUCUCCGCCACAAAGACAGCCCCGAGACGAGUGGCAUUCAUUGGAUCCGGGCCGCUGCCGCUGACCUCUCUUUGUCUUCUGGACUCGCUGAAGAACGACGCGCUCAUCGAGAUCAUGUCACCACAACGUCGAGAGUCUCAGCAGCCCUCAAGAGACGCCGAUCCCGUCAUACUCAACGUCGACUACGACGAGACGGCCAUCGCGGCCUCGCUCAGUCUGUGUCUGGCGCUGGGCGAGCAGGGGAGAGGCAUGGAAUUCAUCUGCGCCGAGGCGGCAUCGCCUGCCAAGGACUUGAGCGAAUUCGAUGUGGUGUACAUGGCCGCGCUGGUCGGCAUGUCGCAGACGCAGAAGGAGGGCAUCAUCCUCCAGGUGGCCGACCGCAUGAGGAAAGGGGCGCUGCUCGUCGUCCGGAGCAGCUGGGGCCUCAGGACCUGCCUAUACCCAGAGGUGGACCUGGCAACAGAGAAUCUCCUGAAGCGGCUGGAGACAUGCGUCGUGGUGCACCCGUACGGCCAGGUCGUCAACUCGGUCAUUGUUGCACGGGUCAGGGGGUAGGAACAGGUGAUAGAGGACGUGGGGAAUCAACUUGGUUCAGGUACAGCAUGUAUCAAGCAUUUCCGGGGGCCAUCUGCCAGCAGGUUCGGGGGCGUAGUUAGACGUCACAUUUUCGCAGGGCUAGACGCGAUUCCCGCCAUCGGUAGUAGUGCGCAUUAAUAGACUUACCGGGACCACGUGGUGGCGCACGUCCCGUGCUGCGUCCA